UCCGUGCUGUGCUCUCACGUGUACCUGGGAAUGGCAGGAGAAUCUGCGCUGAGCUGACAACCGGGAGACGCGUCCUGGAGACCUGAGGGGACGGAUAGAGACCCCGAUACCAGGACUGACAACACCGGCGACAGGUAGCCCAUAUAUUGUGGUGUCCUGUAGCCGAGCACAGAAUAACGCAGCGUGUGUACAGCGACCACCCUGUAUUAUGGACACUGAGGAUCAUCACUGCUGAGGAGCAACUGAAUACAGCACCAGAACGUCUACAUUCUUCAAUUGUUCUCUGGUUCUUCACACUACUGAUCCGCCAAGAUGGAGGGGAUGAACGGGCCCUGUGAAACUCCUCCUCCUCUAGGGGAGAGAGGAAGGCGAACACGGGGGAACCGGGAGAUGGAGGGAACUCAACAAGAUGAGACAGACACCAAUAGCCAUGGCUCCAGCGGCAAUGAAUCCAAUGGGAAUGAGUCGCGGCAAAGCCGGAGUUCCCAUAGCAGCACCAGCGGCAAUGGCAAAGAUUCGGCCAUGUUGGAGACCACAGAGAGCAGCAAAAGUACAAACUCAAACAGUCCAUCACCUCCAAGCAGCUCCAUUGCGUACAGCCUCCUGAGUGCCAGCUCCGAGCAGGACAAUCCCUCCACCAGUGGCUGCAGUAGUGAACAGUCUGCCCGGGAGAAAAAUCAGAAAGAGCUGAUGAAGGCCCUAAAAGAGCUGAAGAUACGUCUGCCAUCAGAGAAGAGGGGCAAAGGCAAAUCGGGGACUCUUGCCACGCUCCAGUAUGCACUCUCGUGUGUCAAACAGGUCCGAGCCAACCAGGAAUAUUAUCAGCAGUGGACCCUCGAUGAAUCGCAGCCCUGCAGCUUGGACAUGUCCAGCUUCACCAUCGAGGAGGUGGAGAGUGUCACGUCAGAAUACACUGUAAAAAACCCAGACACCUUCUCAGUGGCUGUCUCCUUCAUCACUGGCCGAAUCGUGUACAUUUCUGACCAGGCUUCUCUCAUCCUGCACUGCAAAAGGGACGUAUUUAAAGGGGCAACCUUUGCAGAAUUUUUGGCUCCGCAAGACGUCAGCGUGUUCUAUGGAUCCACAGCACCUUAUCACCUGCCCUCUUGGAGUAGCUGCUCAUCUGGAGAUACAUCAUCCAUGGACUACACGCAGGAGAAAUCUGUAUUCUGCCGGAUCAGUGGGGGCCGAGAGCGGGAUAUGAACCUCCGCUAUCACCCAUUCCGCCUCACCCCGUACCGGAUGAAGGUACGAGAUACGGACAACGCAGAGGGGCAGCCGUGCUGUCUGCUUAUCGCGGAGAAAAUACACUCUGGAUACGAGGCCCCCCGCAUCCCUCCAGAUAAGAGUAUCUUCACUACCAGACAUACUCCCAGCUGUGUGUUCCAGGAGGUAGAUGAGAGAGCUAUCCCUCUACUCGGAUAUCUCCCGCAGGACCUCCUGGGAAUGCCAGUCUUGUUUUUCAUCCAUCCUGACGACCGGCCGCUCAUGCUGGCAAUACACAAGAAAGUUCUCCAGCAGGCAGGGCAACCUUUUGAUCACUCGCCCAUCCGCCUGUGUGCCCGCUCCGGAGAGUACGUGACCAUCGACACCAGCUGGAGCAGUUUCGUGAACCCAUGGAGCAGAAAAGUUUCCUUCAUACUCGGAAGACAUAAAGUUCGGACGAGUCCGCUCAACGAAGACAUCUUCACAGCCCCCAAAGGGGCAGAGAUGAAAUCACUGGAUCCUGAUAUUCAGGAGCUGUCCGAGCAGAUUCACCGCAUACUGAUGCAGCCGGUGCACAACACUAACUCCGGUGGUAACGGCAGCGGCGGGAGCAACGCAUCACAAGAACCUUUUCACUGCAACGCCUCGUCCAGCGAUAGCAACGCCAUGGUCACAGAGGACGGAACAGAUCCCAAACCUAUGACAUUUCAGGAGUUCUGUCAAAACAUCCAUAAAGUGAAGAGUCAGGGUCAGCAGAUGUUCCUGGGAUCACGAGUGAUACGUCCACAUCAGAGGGGACACUUUCAGGCUCUCGCCCCUCCUCGCACGAUCCCAUCAGCCAACGCAGACAACGCCCCAACCAAUACCGCACCCAGCCGAACUCAUUGCGUCCCAGAGGAGCUGACCCGAAAGGAGACAUCAAACUAUUCGUACCAGCAGAUCAACUGCUUAGACAGCAUCAUUCGAUACCUAGAAAGUUGCAACCUCCCCAGCACCGUGAAAAGAAAAUGUGGUUCCUCCUCAUACACCUCCUCAACCUCCGAAGAGGAGAAGCAGAAAACCGGAGAGAGCGACAAAGAAGACCCCUCGAACGGUCCACCUCAUCGGCCGGAACUGCCUCCCCCUCCUACGCCCCCUGCAGUAGGUUCCUCUCCUCUCGCUCCUUUGCCUCCGUUACCACUUAGCAAGGCGGAAAGUGUGGUUUCCAUCACCAGUCAAGGAAGCUUUAGCAGUACGAUCGUCCAUGUAGGAGACAAAAAGCCGCCAGAUUCGGUCGAAAUGGUUUCUUUGGAAGAACCAUCGUGCCCUGCAGCACCGGCGCCUCCGUUACGGCCGCUGGGUCUGACCAAAGAAGUCCUGUCAGCCCACACGCAGCGUGAAGAGCAGGCCUUCCUCACCCGGGUACACAACCUCAGCCAGCUCAGGGUGUUUGACCCUAUCCCUGUGGGUGUAUGGGAUGAGCAGAGCCAUCGAGCCCCAAGAGGUACUAAGGCUUCACUUUCACAUCAGCAUAAUAAUUCCUCGGCUAACAACCCCUCUGGCACGCUAAAAGAAGGACGCCGGAGCAAAAGUAGGAAGUCAAAGGCCAAGCGCCAAAAGCAAAGCAAACCUGCAUCGCCAAACUCUAUGACAACACCUCAUCAUCACCACGAGCCACCUCUUCUACCCCCUCCUCCUCUAGGCAUGCCUGGUUAUCCCCUCCCAAUGUUUCCUCCCCGAGCUCCUGCCCCUGAAGCCCCCAGAUACCCCCUAGUUACACCCAUUGUUGCCCUGGUUCUCCCCAACUAUCUCUUUCAACCUCCGUCUGUGGCCCCUCCAUUUUAUCCUGGAGUUCCUGGGUUUCCUCCCUUCAACCCUACGCCUGAAGUUCCAGCAGCGGCUUCUGAAGCUCCGACACCUGUUCCUCCUCCUGCAUGUCCCCCACCUCCAUCCCGAUCCUCCUCCCCUCCCCAGCGUUUGUUCCCAUCCCGAUGCAGCUCCCCGCUACAGCUAGAUCUGCUGCAGAUGGAAGAGUUACCACAGCCCACAGGUGGAGGAGCAGGAGGUGCAGCUGGUGGAGGGGAAUGGGAGGUCGAAGAGGAUAAUAAAGGAGGAGUUGCCCCUGGGAGUGUAAAUGCUGAUGGGCCCAAUGCAGUGUCGGGUAAUGGAGGAGACAGCCGGCCAGAGAACUGUAUGGGUGAUCCUCAAGAAUCCUCACACAACGAUGCUCUCUCCAGUUCCAGUGAUCUACUCGAUUUGCUUCUUCACGAGGAUUCCUGCUCCGGCACCGGAUCCGCUUCAGGAUCAAUGGGAUCUAACGGAGGAAGUACAUCGGCUUGUGGCACCUGGAGCAGCGAGAGCAGCAACACCAGCAAAUAUUUUGGUAGCAUCGACUCUUCAGAGACCGACCUAAGAGUCAAGAAGGCGGAGCGGGACAAGGUGGAACAAAAGGUCCGAUACGUCAUGCAGGACCCGCUCUGGCUUCUUAUGGCCAACGCCGACCAAGAAGUGAUGAUGUCAUAUCAGCUCCCCUCAAGAGAUCUUGAAAGCGUCCUUCGGAAAGAUCGGGAGAAGCUUCAGCAAUUUCAGAGGAGCCAGCCGAAAUUCAGCGAGGAGCAGAAGAAGGAGCUGGGGGAGGUCCAUUCCUGGGUCCGGAAAGGAGGUUUACCUCAUGUCCUCAACAUCACAUCUUGCACAGGAUGCUCCCCCGAUUCCCCCAAUUACGAAGAAGAUCUGGAUUUGUCAAUAAUGAUGGAAGAGGGAGGAGAGUGCAGAGCGGGAGGUGAAGAGGCGGCAGCGGCGGUGACCAGCUGAACUCCCUCCCACCGAUUCUCGUGAAAAAAUAAAUUCCAAGCUGCCUUAUUUAUAUUUUUACAACGAUUUCUAAGAAGUAAAGACUGGAGACCCAAACGCAGGACCGGUGGGAGGGGGGGUGGUGUAAGGAUUUCCCUUCCCCCUCAGAUCUCAGGAUACUUCAGUUCCAUCUAAAGCCAUCGCCAUGGAAGACGAGGACUACACGACUGCCAGUAAUCAUCCUCCAUUCAGAUAAUGGAAAAAAGUGGAAUAGGACGGUCAUUUUCUUCACACACACAUAUAUAUAUAUAUUUUUGUACACUGUUAAUUUAUGUCAUACGUGUGUGAAGGGCGGGGGAGGGGAGUUUUGGCUAUGUGCUUAAGGCUGCGGCUCAGCACCGAGUAUUUGUACAGUUCUGUAAAUAAAGACCUUCUGGUUUAUUUUU